AACCAGUCCCAACUCCCCAUCUUGUUGCACGCUCUUGUCGUCGACCGUACUGCAUCGUGAACGCCGUGGGAUCACUGUGUACAUACAUUAGUUGCUUACGUCCUAUUAUAUUCCUUCUGUGCCGGUACAAAAUGCGCUUUGCGUGCUUCCUGGCCCUGCUUGUGCCUACCUUCACCGCAAGUGACAAGGGCAUCGCCAGCGCCGUCGAAGCUGCUCCAGGCGAUGUUGUUCGUGUGCCCGACAUGAAGCGCAUCGAUCCGGACAGCAAAAUUCGCCGUCUCAGGAAGAGGAAGAAACCGGAAAGUGAAGAACGUAUGAUCGUACCUCCUUACGCUGCGAUGAUGAACGUGAUGCAUUCGACUUCGACUACUUCCACAACUUCGACGCAAUCAUCUCAGAUUCUUCACUCGAUGAAGGACCAUACGCCGCUGCCCAAGUGGGCGAAGGCUCUUGUUGCUGUACUCAGCGUUGCGGCGGCAGCCGGGAUCGUUGUUGGCGGUGUCAAGUUAACACAAUGGCUCAACCAAUCACUCCAGGGUGAAUGAGUUUGUUGUUGGGCGAUCGGAAAAAAAAAAAUAACGUGAGGUGUCACCUCACCAAAGACGCCUGCAUUCGUCUAGUUAUCUUAUUUUGGGUUAGAAGGCUAGCAACAACAAAGACACCUUGCUUGAGUUGCGUUGACUGAGGUCUUGACGUACCAUUAUUGCAAGCGACACUUUUUCAGCAACUUGGUUACCGCUACAACUAAGAAAAAGAAGAACUUCGACGGUGCGUUAUACUUGUAUUUCAGUACAUAUUCUGUGCUGAAAAAAUAUUGCGCCUUUGACGCAAGAAUAAUAUCACCAUUGAGUAGUGUUCCC